AUGGGGAACAGGCCAAUGAACCGGGGGGAAAGUUUACGGGACUCCGCCCAGAGGGGCAGGUCCCAGGUGGAGCCAUACCCUCUGCCCGAGCAGAUAGUGUGGAGCAGGGGUUCGGUGGCGAUCUGCUUGUCGCCUAUACCUGGAAGUGGUCUUCAACAGAGCGGUCCGUCUCUCUUCCAGGCGGUGGGAGAAGAAGGCGCAGGGAUGCAGCUUAAGGUCCCAGGCAAAACAUUGGGACAGAACCGGCCCCAAUCCGACAUCCGAAGCAUCGGCCUCCUCCACGAACUGACGGGAAGGGUCCGGAUGAACCAGGAUCGGAGCCGUGGUGAAGCGGUGUUUAAGGUCCCAGAACGCCUGGUCAGCGCCGUGGACCACGUGAACGGAACCUUGGUAGAGAUGAGGGCAGGACUGAAAAAACGUACCAGGAAGGCCUUCGGGUUACGAAAGAAAGAGAAGGAUACAGAUUUCACGGGCUCACCUGACAAAGAUGGAGUAAGUACGCGAAAGAAAAAGACCAACGGGGCUCCAAAUGGCUAUUAUGGGGAGAUUGAUUGGGAUCGAUAUGCAACUCCAGAUGUGGAUGCUGAGGGCUUCAGUCUCAGACCCGGAGAGGAGGGGGAAACCAAAGGCAAGCAGCACUUAUUCUCCUCCAGCGACUCGGAGGACGAGGACGACAAGAGGAAGUUCAAGAUCAAGAUCAAGCCGUUGCCUGCCGACACUGCCAAGUGUGCCGUCCCAUCUAUGGACGAACUGAAAGCUUCAGUUGGGGGCUUGGCUCUAUCUCCCUCUCUGGGCUCGAUAAAGAGACACCUGUCUUGUGAGGAGAUUGCCAGACCCAGACGCUCCACCCCUACGCCAAGCCCCGCCCCCGAGACGCAAAGUGAGAGAGUAUCCCAGAGUCGCAGAGCAUCCCCAGCUUUCUUCGGGCUUCCCCCGGAGACGACCUAUGAGACACACAGAUAUGAUAGCAACAGAAAUGAUGGUGAAGAGAUUGCCAGACCCAUACGCUCCACCCUUACGCCAAGCCCCGCCCUCGAGACACAAAGUGAGAGAGUAUCCCAGAGUCGCAGAGCAUCCCCAGCUUUCUUCGGGCUUCCCCCGGAGACGACCUAUGAGACACACAGAUAUGAUAGUAACAGAAAUGAUGCUGAUUUACCCAAUGGGAGAAUAGUCCCAAGCCCCAACCCUAUCUACCUGAAUGUCCAAUCCCCAGCCUCGUACAGAGGUUCCCCUGUGCCUGAUCUGGAAAACGUGUUCGGCCCUAUGGAAUCUUCCCAGACUAGUGAGGACAGGGCCUCGCCCCGAUGGAUCAGCUUCAACAGCGAGAGACCGCCCCCACCAGACGAACCGGCCCCGCCUCCGCCCUCUGCCUCUCCUCCUUCCGACUCGCCCCACUCCCUUCUUUCCACCCCAGACUCCCCCUGCCUCUCCCCGGGCCCCCCUCCGGAUGAGCCUCCCCCCUCCCCGCCGCCCUUCUCCUCUCCCCCCGACUCUCCCAUCUCCAUUAUCUCUAUUCCUCCUCCAGAUGAACCCGUUCCUCCCCUGCCUCCCGACUUCUCCCCCCCGGACUCUCCGCCAUGCAUCGGCAUCGAUCCUAGCCUGUUUUUGGAUGAUGAGAUACUGGGGUACUCCCCUGCUCCCUCUGGCUCACUGGGGUACUCCCCUGCUCCCUCUGGCUCACUGGAGUACUCCCCUGCCCCUACCAGUCCCAUCCCUCCCCCCCUGCCUGUGGAGCGCUACCCUCGGGCGGGUGUCCCUUCCCCUCUGGCGUUCCUGAGGGAAGAGCAGCCUGACUAUAUGGCCUCGCCUCUUGGGCUGACCCCGGGCUUCAGGGGCACGCCGCCCCCACUCCCCCCGCUCACCUACAGGUCCAUGGUGUCCUCCCCCGGACCCUGCCCAGGCAGCGGCUCCUCCUCUCCAGCUCGUCCUUCCACGCCCCUGUCAGGAGGCAGUCCAAUCCCUCCCCCUCUUCCUACAAGGCCCUCCUCUCGACCCAAACUGCCCCCUGGGAAACCAAUAGGAGACCUGACUCGACCCUUCAGCCCCCCAGUCUCCGGCAGCCCUCCUCCCUUCGCCCCCCUGGCCCGGGCCGAGAGUUCCUCCUCAAUCUCCUCCAUCACCUCACUGAGCGCAGCCUCCACCCCCACCCUGGGGAGAGAACUCAACAUAUCCACCACAGAGGAAAAACAGCCAGCCAUGGUAUGGUUUGACCAUGGCCGGUUUUAUUUGUCUUUCGAAGGAUGCUCCAGAGGACCCAGCCCACUCACCAUGGGAGCCCAGGACACUCUGCCUGUGGCGGCUGCCUUCACCGAGACCAUCAACGCCUACUUCAAAGGAGCCGACCCCAGCAAGUGUGUGGUAAAGAUCACUGGGGAGAUGGUGCUGUCUUUCCCUGCGGGCAUCACCAGGCACUUUGCUAGCCACCCGUCUGCCCCUGUGCUCACCUUCAGCAUCAGCAACUACAGCCGGCUUGAGCAGGUCCUCCCCAAUCCACAGCUACUGUGCUGUGACACCACCAUGUCCAAUGUGGACACCAAGGAAUUCUGGGUAAAUAUGCCAAACCUGAUGAGCCACCUGAGGAGAGUGGCUGACCAGAAGCCUCAAGCAACCUACUACAAUGUGGACAUGAUCAAAUAUCAGGUGGCAGCCGAUGGGAUCCAGUCGACUCCCCUGAACCUGGCAUUGAGUUGGCGUGGCGACGCCACCAGCACGGAUCUCAGGAUAGACUACAAAUACAACAUGGAGGCCAUGGCCGCCCCCUCGCCCCUCCACAACAUCCACUUCCUGGUCCCUGUGGACGGGGGCGUGCACAAGCUCCAAGCCAUGAUCCCCACUGCUACCUGGAAACCAGAGCAGCAGAAAAUUAUAUGGAAGAUACCAAGCCUUUCCCAGAGGUCUGAAAAUGGAGGAGUGGGGGCUCUACUGGGUAGGUUCCAGUUGACAGAGGGUCCCAGUAAGCCGUCCCAGUUGGCGGUGCAUUUCACCAGCGAGGGCAGCACUCUGUCAGGCUGUGACAUCCAGCUGGUGGGGACCGGCUACAGGCUCUCGCUGGUCAAAAAGAGAUUUGCAGCAGGGAAAUAUCUGGCGGACAACUAGUCACCACUGUUGUAAAAUGACACCCUUUCACCCAUACAAUGGCUUUUGAUUGUGAGGAUGAUGAGAGUCUACUACGGAUUCUUCAUUCAGGCUACAAGCUACCAACUGGAAAAACAACUGAAACUUUACACUUGAGCCGGGAACUGUGGAUGCUGGGAUAGAAGCAACAACGGGAUGUGAUGUAAUUCACAAAGUUCACCAGGGUAUCACUUUGUUUUGACACGCUCAACACAGUAGUCUCUCACUGUUGGGGUUAAUGCAAGUAGUACAGCCUUUUCCCGUUCUGUGCACCUCGAGGGUUGUCGAGGCAAAGAUAAUGAAUUCAACACGUACGUUUAUCAAAGUCAUUUAUCAUUGGCACCACAUACAGUAAUCCAGUUUUUUUUUGUGAGAAGAAAUGUGUGAAUGGGUGAUGAUGGAAGAUUCACUGGACAGAUUUAUGUGAAAAGAUAUAGAUACUGUUAGCAUUCAUUGAUAAUUCAAUAGAUUAUGAAAAUAACUCCAUUCGCUAUGAUGACAUUUAGAUUGUAUUAUUUGAUGCUUUUUUUUCAUUUCUCGGGUUGGUAAAACUAAUAUGGCACCAGCUGGUACUGUACCAGCAGGUUGAGGCCCACAACUUGGAGUCAACGUGGAGACAACAACAUGUAUGUGGUGGUUGUGUGUUUGCUGGGAGGUCAAGUGGUUAAUGUAAUGGUUCACAUUGUUUACCUGAUUGUGGAUGGCAAAAACAAAGCAGGCUGCCUUACAGGCUGGUUAGUAGAGUUGCCUUGGACCAGAUAAAUGACUGAUCUGUUUGUCCCUUAGAGUUGUGUCCAUCUCCAGGAGGCUUAACCAAGCAAAACUGGUUGAAAUGACAUCAUUACAAUGAGAAACUGUUUGAAAUUCGUUCUUUAUGGCGUCAAUUCAACCAGUUUGAACCAGUUUGGCCCACUGGGAAAUAUAACCGGAGGACAUCAACGAAGAUGAAAAAGUGCUACAAUAAUUAUUUAUCUAAAAUAGAAUACUAAUGUACGUAUAUGUAAUGGAAGCCCCUAAUGUUAUGUUUCUUUUGUUGUUUUUCCACCGUGUGGAGUAAAUAGGUGUUUUAUCAUUUUCUAAUAGCAAUAUAUUCAAAAUCAAUUUGUAAAAAAGAGUAAAUAUGAAAGAUGUUUCCCUUUGGACAUAUGGGUGUUUCUGUGUAUUGUCAAAUAAGAGUUAUGCUAUACGGUGGUGUUAGCCUUCACAAUACAUAACCAUUUUUAAAAAUGAUCAUUUCAAGUUUCAUUUCUAACAUGGAUUUCCUGUAAUAUACUGUGACUGUCCAUGGUUAAAAAAAAAAAAAAGGUACAGCAUGAAAUCUGCGUUACUCAAGAAGUUGUUUUUGGUACAUUUUACUUUAACACAAUACUAUUUAUUUCAAGACAUUUAGGACGCACAGCAUCACACAAUAUGGAGUUGAAGAAAAAAUAGCCAUCAAGAGUCACCUCCUUAUCCAAUGCUAUUCCAACCUAGCCUGGUUAAACCAAACAGUAGUGAACGUAGCAUUCAGUCUAGUUUCACCAGGCUAAUUCAGACCUACGCCUUUUUAUAAAGUAAGUGUACUAUGUGAUUGCCUUCACUGUAACCUUUAGUCACUUCAUCGUGUUUGACCGUUCACCUAAAGCGUUGACCUUUGGCAUAAACUCCAACAACAUUACCACACUUCCAUGAUAUAUUGCAGUUAAUCCUCUUAUGCUUUUUCUUGGUUAAGGAAAUGGGAUGUUCCAGGUGAACAACAGGGAGAACAGUCAUUGAUCAUAUCAAUCAAAAUCAUUUUGGUUUAUUACAAGAAUUCAGGGAGAACAUCUCCAGAGCAGAAGCCAAGAGACAUUUCUAAUUCCCCCUUCUCUAAGCAGACCCUUAAAUUCUAAUCUGGUAGCGCCAAUGUUCUCUAAACAACAGCCAGAGUCUUCUACAAAGUCACGACAAAAGACAGUGACUUUGCCAGCUGCUACACAGUCACACAAUGUUCAUCAUGUCAUCAAUAUAAUAGCUGUGUGUCCUCGGCUCAGUGUACCUCCGGUCUGACGUCAAUCAUUGUCAACAAUAUGAGUUUCAUACAUAACAUAGAGCAUCCAGUCUAGUGACCAUCAACCUGUGAUACAAAUGAGUGUCACAAAUAGAAUACUUGAAAUCAUGUGUAUUACAUAAAAAGGCAAAAUAUAAAUAUGCUAAGAAUUGUGUUAAUUACUCUUAACUGAAUAUUAACUUUAUUACACCAACAACAAAUUAUUUUGCAUAACUAUAAUUGUUAUGCUCCUGCCCAUCUCAAGGAGAAAAUGUUUUGUGUAUUAUUUUAUGCAUUUUCACAUCAUUAUAAUGUUAAUAGCCUUACAUUACCUCAGAUGUUAUUACUCAUUUCCAAAUCAACAUAUUCAAAAGGAGUCACAAACAAUGACAAACAUCGCUUUUUGUCCUUGAUAUUAUCACUAACUAUGGUACUAUGACUCUUUUGUCCUGGUUGCAAACUUUUAUUUCUUUGUUUGCGCCUUACUGGUCCUUAAAAAAGAACGCACAAAUAUCAAACUUCUCUCCAGAUAUGUAGAAGCAGCAAUUUAUAAAGGUUUCAAUAAUGCUUACAUGUUUUAUUAUUUGCCUUAUUUUGGAUUAGCAUAUUUCCAGCCAGUAAGAGACUUUCUGUAUGUUUUUGUUCUAUGAAAUAUGUUUUUUUUUGUCUGUAUUUAUUCACUGCAUAGGACACAUUUCAUGUAAACAUUUCAUGUAAAUUUCCCAUCCAAAGAUUUUAAGAGUGAAAAUAUAAAAAAAUUAAUAUAAUGUGAUAACUUUACCUGGUUUACUUGGUAAUA